GAAGACUCUCUAGCCUCUGGGACUAGUAGCUCCAGAAUGCAACGUAGAAUUUCUGCUGGAUCGAGAACCUGAAAGAGGUCCGUCCUCAGGCUCUCCUAGCUGCACUGCAUUGCAGUGGUCUUCCGAAAGCCUGUUGGGAAAGGGGGGCCGCAAUAAUGUUGCAAGAAAGUGGCCGUCUCUCCCAGGUUGAGAAGCUGGAAUGCAGUGGGAAAGUUCAUGUUUAGGCGUCGCAGGGGAUUUGAGCAUUCCUUUUGAUUUUGUGCGAACGUAUUCCCAUGUCGCGACUGCGGAUACAGACUGCUGUGUUGUCUAUCCCAUUCAUUCUCAUACCACUUUAGAAAGCAAACGUAGAAUGGGACACUGUUCAUGCGAACCAAACCUGAAACGACCAGCUCACUAGUGCAGCUUUAAGACCCCAAUUUAACCUCCUAAGAUUGUCAGACAAAAUUUUGAAUCAAAGCGACCCAGAGAUACGUACAGCACCCAAUUGUAGAGAGAUCCCUCUGGUCACGCAUCUUGGUCAGCUCAAACAUUGGCGUCAUAUCUUACAUCAAGUUAGUUUAGACGUGACAGAAGCUGGAAGUUGUGCUGCAGCUUGCUUCAAAGCCUCAGGUUCAAGCAGGUCGAGUGUCGCUUGACCAUUAAGGCCGUUCUAGUCUAGUCUCUUGAGACCAGGUUGUGAGCCUUGAACCUCCGUUCGCUUUGAAACGACUCCAGCAAGCCCCAGACAAACCUACUCAUAAGGGUUGACAGCUGUCAACCAUUUUGACAGCAAAAUGGUGGCCAUGAUUCCGUCCGGGCUCUUCACCAUCCUGCGUCGCGUGCGCUCUGACCCGCGCACGCCGGAGCACACGUACCGCACGUUCCUCUUCGGCAAGAUCGUGAUGUACAUGGACACAUACCGCGACGAGCUGGGGACGAAAUGGCCCGCAUUUGCGGAGGAGCUCAGCAUCCGGCUCGAGCCCUUCGUUUCUUCCUCAGCAUCGGACGUGUCCACAAAGGAUAUCAACAAUGCCGCUGACGCGAUCAUCGACCAGUGGAGAGCGUGCCCUGACCUGAGCGAGCAGAUUGUAAAGUUGUUGCGGGUGAUCGACGAGCUGCUGCCAAACUUGUCGCUGCCCAACGAUUGGCGGGUGAAGCAGGACCUGUUGACAAACUUCCACCGGAUGAAUGACUGGCUCAAGAAGGACGAAGCGGACCGGGAGAUGAUGUCAUUGGACAGCAGGAGCAGCUCGGGAAGCAGCGCGGGGACGAGCAUGGGCAGCAAUGGAGAUCCGCAACAGGGCUUCAUGGAGGUGCCUGUGUGGUUCGCCACGUGUCGCCGCCCUACUGGCCGCCAGUCGACCGAGGCCUUCUUUGGCACCGACAGGGGGGACGGACUUUCGCUUGGAUGCAUCAAGGUGUCAAUUCCCGACACCGACAGCGUUGCGCAGAACCGGCAGGAGCUGCCAUACCUUUGGUGGUGGGACAGGUUCCGCCCCCCCAACCAGAGCCGCAAGGCAGUCUUGAUCGGCAAGUGCGUCGGCUUCAGCGACAAUUUCAUGCGGUACCAUGCAAUCCGGUUCAUGCACCGGGUGGGUACCGGCCGGAAAGAAGCGGUCCUGUACGUCCACGGGUUCAACAACCGCUUCACGAAAGCGGCCAAGAAGAUGGCGCUCUGCGGCUACAAGAUGCAGACGGACAUCCCGCUCCUCAUGUUCAGCUGGCCGUCCUUCCAGGCGGUCGACCGGUACAACGCGGACGAGGGGAACGCUAUGUGGGCGGUGCCGCACCUGCUCGACUUCCUGUGGAAGAUGCUGACCGAUUUUGAGAUGGAAAAGGUGCACAUCAUUGGACAUAGCAUGGGCUGCCGCAUCAUUCUGUACGCUCUGGCGCGGCUGGGCGAGCGGCUGUUUCCCAAGGGCGCGGCCCAGCUGGGCCGCGUGGUGCUGGCCGCCCCCGACUUCGACCUGGGCGAGUUCUACCUCCUCCAGGACCACCUCAGCAGGACGGUGGAACACAUGACGAUCUACUCCUCGGCCAACGACCAAGCGCUCCACGUGUCCAAGCGCAUCCACGGCGGGCACCCGCGCCUCGGCGAGUUCCCGAGCAACGCCGGGGUGCGCCCGUGGCACAUCCCGUUCGCCGACAACAUCGACCUCGUCGACGCGACCGGGCUCGAUCGGAGCGUCAUCGGGCACGGCUACGUUUUUUCGCACGCGGGCGUUUUGCAGGACGCGUGCGACUUUCUGCGGACCGGGCACCCAGCGGAGAAGCGUGCCGCUGUGAAGCUGACGUCAUUGCCGGGCGGGUUUAGGUACUACACGUUCCAGGGGAUCUCGGAAGCGCCGUCAGCAAUCGAGGAGGCGAUUGAGGAAAUGGACGAUUUGGAUACGGAAAGCGUGUAGCGCCCGUUAACCGCACCGGGUUUGCGAAGGAGUUGUGUACCAUACCAUCACUUGAACAAGGGCAGAAUGGCGAGAUGCUCUUAGAUAAACACGGUAGAAAUUGAAACCCCUACACAUGGGGUUAUAGGUGAACCCGCAUCGAGGUUCUCGGCUGAGGGCCGCUGAUGAUGUGGAAAGCGGCCGCAAACUUUGAUGCGACCUUUGAACCGCUGGGCAUAUAGUGUAAGAUACUAGGGUAAACAGACAGGAGCAGCGGGCAUUGUCUCGAAACUGUUGUUGGUUAGUUUGUCAUUGCUUGUGGCGAUGGCUUUAGACGCGCUAGUAGCUUUGAUUUGGUUUUGCUGGUGGCCGCAAACGACUUUGGCUUUCUCCUUGUAGCGUGUGCUAGAAUUAAAAGUGCAUAGAGAUCGACGACUGUGCCGACAGAGCGACUGUUGGCAUGUGAAGCUUCUUGGUCGGAUCCUACUUAAGACGGACUUGGUCCUAUCAGUGGAAAAAGGAAAGCGAGCCUCACACAAACACAUGUACACAUUCAAGUGCCAUUGAGAACCUCAUGCCAAACAA